AUGGCUCACUUCCAGGACCCGUGGGUCAGAGAGUUCGAGGAUGCCUCCAGGAUGGCGGAUGACGUGGCAGGCCUUAUUCAGGAAAGAAACGACGCGAUCAAAUCUAAAGGGGAUCCAUCGCGCCUCGUCGCUGCAGCUCGCCGAAAGAUUGCGAUGCUUAUGGCGAAAUCGGACCGUCUAGAAACGGGGCUUCGAGCUGCAGCGGAGAAGUCGCAACUCAAUUCUACGGAGAUUCGGCGGCGGGAAGACCUGCUUCUCGCUCUCCGCUUCAAGGCGAAGGAGAUGGCAGCCGUGCUCACCUCCGCGCAAUCAGCGGCUAACAGGUCAGCCCUGCUGGGCCGUGACGGGCGGUCGCUGGUGGCGGUGGAGACAGAGAGAACAGCCUCGCGAGACAACAAGGGGCUCGUGGCUUUGCAGCAAGAGAUCAUGCAAGAGCAAGACUCGGAGCUGGAGGAGCUAGAGUCCACGGUGGCAACCACCAAGCACAUUGCGCUCACCAUUAACGGCGAGCUGGACCUGCAUCGACAUCUGCUGGUAUGUGCUUUCUCUUGGCAUUAUCGUCUCGUUGCUGUGCUGUGCACAGGUUUUGAUAGCUACCAUUCGUACUGUAUGACUGACGCAUCUCCUUGA